UGCGCGGAGGGUGUGUGUGCGCAUGCGCCGCCGCUCUGACAGGCGCAUUAUGGAGCCGUUGCUGUAAUGUGGAGGAGCAGCGGCCGGUUGCCGGGGUUGCUUUUAUCUCGGUGUCGCUCUGCCCUCCGGAGGAAGGGGGGCGACGGUCUGUUUACGGGCCGCAGCAAUGAGUCCAGACUGAAGGUGGUUGAGGCGCUGUCGGAUGCGACGGCCAAGGAGCAGGAGGUCCGGGUACAGGGCUGGGUACGGGCUCUACGUGCACAGAAGGAAAUUACAUUUUUGAAUAUUAAUGAUGGAAGUUCAUUACAAAAUCUUCAAAUAGUUGCACGGCCAGAUUUAGAUAUUAGAGGUAUAACUUUUGGCAGCGCAGUUGAAAUUUGGGGGAAACUGAUACAGAGUCCUCACAAGAAACAGAGAGCAGAGCUGCUAGCUGAUAAAAUCAGAUUGGUUGGAGCCUGUAAUCCUGUGAAUUUGCCAUUCAAGAUCAAGGAGAGGCAUUCACUGGAAUACAUAAGACAGUUUCCUCAUCUUCGUUGCAAAACAAAUGUUUUCAGUUCACUUCUCAGAAUACGAAGUGAAGCAUCCACAGCUAUUCAUUCAUUUUUCAAAAGCAAUGGAUUUGUUCAUAUACACACACCCAUAAUAACAUCAAAUGAUUGUGAAGGAGCUGGGGAACUCUUCCAAAUUGAACCUGCAAGCAAAACAGCUGAAAAGCAUGAUAACACUCAUUUCUUUGAUGUUCCUUCCUUCUUAACUGUGUCUGGACAACUACAUUUGGAAGUGAUGACAGGGGCUUUCACUCAAGUAUAUGCCUUUGGACCAACAUUUCGUGCAGAGAAUUCCCAAACCAGAAGACAUUUAGCAGAAUUUUACAUGGUAGAAGCAGAACUUGCCUUCACUGAAAGUUUGAAAGACAUUAUGGAGGUAAUGGAGAAUCUCUUCAAGAUCACAACUUCACAUAUUCUUUCAAACUGUCCAGAUGAUGUUGAGCUCUUCCACAAAAAUGUAGCUCCUGGACAAAAGGAAAGGAUGGAACAGAUGCUGAAAAAUUCAUUUCAAGUGCUUUCCUAUACUGAAGCAAUUGACAUUUUGCAGCGAAGCACGGAAACCUUCAAAUUUGAACCAAAGUGGGGCUGUGACCUACAGACUGAGCAUGAGAACUGUCUGGUACGGCACUGUGGCAAUAUCCCUGUUUUUGUGGUUAAUUAUCCUUAUGACAUCAAGCCCUUUUAUGCCAGAGAUAAUCAAGAUCAUCCUCAGCAUACAGUGGCAGCUGUCGAUCUUCUGGUGCCUGGAGUAGGAGAAUUAUGUGGUGGAAGCUUGAGGGAGGAGCGACUUGAUCUACUGCAAUCUCGCCUAAAAGAGCAUGGACUAAAAGACACAUACCAUUGGUAUGAGGAACUUCGCCAGUUUGGAUCAGUGCCACACGGAGGAUUUGGAUUGGGAUUCGAGCGAUAUUUGCAGUGUAUCUUGGGUGUUGAGAACAUUAAAGAUGUUAUUCCAUUUCCAAGGUUUUCUCACUCUUGCCUUUUGUAGACCUGAGAGGAACAAAUCAUGUUUUAUGAUUAAAGAUUCUAUUUCAAGGAAAACUGAGCCUUGCAAAACUGGCAAAUAGAAAAUAUUUUCUCGGACUGUACAGUAGAUUAGUCACUCCUCAAAUAUUUACAUAUGAAAUUGAUGUGAGUUGUAAUGAGAAAGAUGGUGGGUGACCAUGUGGCAGUAGUUAUUGUAUUUGCUUCUGAUAAAUCUUUCCAGGAUACUUUUUUUAUGUAAUUAAGAGGAUAUAUUAGAGUACCAUUCUUCAACCUUUCUUCAGGUUUGGUAAAUACCUUUGGCUAACAAGAAAAAUUAAUUUCUAUUUUUCUUUCAGUGAGAUCUGUGAUUAAGUACAUGUAUUGUGUAAUUCGGAUCUUACUGUACUGGAAUAAAUGGUAAUUGCAAUGAGUUUUGUUUAAACAAACCAUUUGGGUAUAUCUUUUGAUAUUGAGUUUAUUAUGCUAUUUAUCAUGUUUUUGGGUUUCAUGUAUUCACUUGUACCAUGGUACUUUUAUACAUAUCAGAUUUAUUGCCAAUAUAAAAUAAGAGUGCAGGUAGUGCUUGAAGCAAAUCGGUUUUUCAUUCCAAGCAAGAAUAAUGGAAGCCUAGUGUUUAUUGGAUUAAGAUUUAUCAUUUUGGAAAUGACAGUCAUGUAUGAUGGUGUAUCAAGAUGCUUCCAAGACACACACAGAUGUCUGAGUUAUGACAAGAAUUGGUGGAAGUGACAUAAAACAUCAUCCAAAGUAUAAUAUUUGAAGAGGCUUUUCAAAGAAGGAGAAGGAACAAGAUGAAGGAAUAAACAGUCAGUGAAUUGGGUUAAAGAAGGUUGCAGAGUCAAGAGCAACUGAGCAUAAAGAUUUUUAAAAGGGGACAGAUUUGUGAAAUUAAACACUUAAGAAUAGGAAACUAAUAAAAGUGAUCAAUGUUAGGAAUUACAUGGAAAGAGGAUUUUGUGUCAAACAGGAUUAAAGUGUAGAUGGCUUUGGGUUCAUGUACAAAGAGAUUUGUCGACAAGGCUAGACAAAUAGAACCUGGAAUUCAGUUGGAAUUAACACUGGAGGAAGAAGGAUAUUUAGGACCCAGUUGGCAAAGAAUUAUUACAAAUCAUGGAUCCAAAUAAUGUGUUUGUAGUUUGAUUUAUAUUUUGUUCCAACAUUAUGAAGUUAUCAGCAGUAUUAUAAAAAUGGAUUUUCAUGUUUUCUGCAACAAUUUAAAUCCACUGAAAUUAGUAUUUGAGAUCACAGAUUAUUUCAGGAUUACAUUUACUAGUAUACUGUUGGAUAAAUUUUGUUUAACAGCUGAGAGGAUUAACUAAAUGCUGUUCUUUUGCCUAGUCAAACUUUCAAUAAUUUGCAUACUUAACUGAAAUUACUUGUGUAAUAUGCAAACUACAUGAUUAUAAGGUGGCAUUGUUUACUCCCUACGUGAGCCAGGAGGUCCAACUGUGGAUUAGGAAAUCAUUUGAAUUGUUUAAUUGUGACAAAACAUGGUCAGGCAGACUUAAACUUCAUAUUCCAUUUUAUUCAAUGAAUUUUAAAGGUGACCAGAUGGUUAAUAAGAUGUUGCUCCCCCUACUGUGCAAUGUGUGAUCAACAUAUGCAAAGCACAUGAUUCCAGAUUACUUGAUGUGUGCAAAAUGAGUUGAUCUUUUCAGGGUGACAAUGAAAACAUCUCUUUUGGUCUUAAACUUUUAUUGGUCGAGGAGCAGGCAAAUCAACUGGAGAUGAGACACUGUCAUUUUAUAUUUUAGCAUUUCUGUAAUGCAUGUAACAUGCAUCAAAUAAAAUUUAAUGUUUGAACAACA